GGGAAAAAAGAAGAAAGUUCUAAAUUUAAUUCAUUUCCAAAUUCCUCGAGUUUUUUACGCCAAAUUUAUUCAAGUUUUGAGAUUCUAGAUGGACGAAGAAUAUGUGAAUCUCACCGAAUUGAAGCCUGCGCCCGCAGAAAAACAACAAAAAAGCGGUGCCACAUAUGUUGAUCUGGCAGAUGUGAGGUCUCAACUGCCGCCGCCUCCUCCAUCGGUGGGUCCAAAAGGAGUAAGACUUGCUCCGAAGAAGCCGCACCAACACCGCCCACGCAGGCAAUUUCGUUCGGUUCGGCUGCCGAGAACUCCGAGCAGAAAUUCGCCACUGACACCGCCAACCAAAACUCCGCCCCACACGCCAACUCGGACUCCGACCACCGAGUCACCAGUUGCUCCGAGGACUCCAGGGAAAGUUGUGAUUUCAUCUGUUGAAAAGCAAGAAAGUUCAGCACCCGAUGAGUCGACCAUCGCUGCAACGCCUAAAAAAUCGUCGAAAAAAUCACCGAAAGAACAGAAUUAUGACGAUGAAGUCUCGGUUCGUGAUAGCCUUUUUGAAGAUGUUGGCGAUACAAAGUCGCCGCCGGAUUUUCUUACUGUUCGUGUCUGUAAUGUUCUCGUGCUCAUUCUUUCUUCAAUUGUCUUCAGUAUUUGGAUUCUCACCACUCUCGCCAGUGUUCACGUAGUCGAAAUUCCAUUUUUCGAGAAAUUGUUUUUGAAAUUUGGUGGUGGUGGCGGAGAUUGA